GAGGCCGUGGGAGGAGCUUUGGCAGAGGUAGAGGCCGAGGUGACUAUAAUGAGGGGCAUGGGAGCUCUAGUGGCAGGGGGAGUACCAGAAUGGAGGGCACGUGCUGGUACUGCAACAAGGUUGGGCAUCCUUGGUUCAAGUGCUUCAGCAGGCUGGAGGGAUGGGCACCUCCAGGCAUGAAGCCGCCCAGUGGUGAACGCGCACAAGGUGGCGCUGUGCAAGGCUCAGGUGCACAAGGUGAAGGUGCACAAGGUAAUGCCUAUCCUGGUUUGUUUGUUAUGGUUGAGGAUGUGCAUGGGCAUGAGGGUGAUGUGGGAUCUGUGGGAAAGGUUGUGAUGCACCCUCUCACGCACUGGGUGAUUGAUUCGGGUUGCACCAGUCACAUGACCCCACAGGCAGAUUUGCUUGAUGAGGUAAAACCCCCUGGGAAGAUCAAGUAUGUGGCAGCAGCGUCAGGUGCUUUGCUCCCCGUGAUUGGUGUUGGGAAUGCCAAGGUUAAGGGAGCUAAUGGGGAGCUUCUGCCCAUCAUCCCUUGGAAUGGGAAGACUCCAACAGCAGCAACGGCAGCAGUGGCAAAGGCAACAGCAGGAGGAGAUGCAACUGCACCAACUGAUGGGGUGCUGGAAGCAGUCAAGAAAGUGCAGAAGCAGCAGACACAUGGUGAGGUGCUUGCUGGUGUGGAUGCGAGUGCGGCAUGGGCUAAGGCUUCACCAAGGAGUGGAGAGGCCGAUUGGGAGACAUGGCAUGAGAGGCUGUGUCAUGUGAACUUCCCUAUGCUGCAGAAGUUGGUGAAGGAUGGGAGCCUGAAGGGCUUGGAGGCAGAUGAGUUGCAGCAGCCUUCAAGGCAGGUGGAGGUUGCAGUGUCUGAGGAGGAGAUAUCUGGGGUGACUGAAGAAGGGGGAGCAGCUGAAGUGGAGCAGCAACAGCAACAUGAGUCUCCACCUCGAGUUCCACAGCCGCCUGAGCGACCUAGGAGGGAUGUGCGCCCUCCUGUGAGGCUGACCUAUGGGGGAAGAGGCAAGCCAAAUGUGGUGCAGGCUGGGAGUGUGGUUGAGCAGAUUGAGGAAGAUGAGAUCGCUCACUGCUACUGGGCACCAAUCCCUGAGCCCAAGACUCGAGAGGAGGCCUUGAAUGGACCAAAUGGGGAGAAGUGGAAGGCGAGUGAGGAUGAGGAGUUCGGGUCCCUGAUUGAAAACGAGACAUGGGACCUGUGUGACUUGCCUCCUGGGAAGAAGGCAAUCACUUCCAAGAUGAUCUACAGGCACAAGUAUGGACCUGAAGGGGAGCUGACCCGCUACAAGUCUAGGCUUGUGGCAAGGGGGUUUCAGCAGACAAAAGGGAAGGACUAUGAUGAGGUGUUUGCUCCUGUGGGGAAAGGAACAACACUGAGGGUGCUGUUGGCGAUAGCUGCACUCCUGGGAUGGAAGAUACGGCAGAUGGACAUUGUGACUGCCUUUCUGAAUGGGAUCAUUCUGGAGGAGGUGUACAUGAAGCAGCCAGAGGGGCUGGAUGAUGGGAGCGGCAGGAGAGGUGCUGCAGAUGUGAAGAGUGGAGAGAUGCUCUUGAGUUGCUAUACUGACGCUAGCUUCAACUCAGUGAAAGCGGAUGGCACCAGCAUUGGGGGAUAUGUGUGCUUGCUAGGAGGUGGUGCUGUGAGCUGGCGCAGCAAGAAGCAGAAUGAGGUGGGAUUGUCCUCAUGUGAGACUGAGUACAUGGCCUUACACCAUGGGGCCAAGGAAGUGGUGUGGCUGAGGCGCUUGUUGGAGGAGUUGGGAGUUGGUCAGGAGAAGCCGACAGUUGUGUUUUGUGACAAUGAGUCCGCUGUGAAGCUCGCCAAGAAUGCUUGUCUGCAUGGGCUGACAAAACACAUAAGGCCUAAGUGGCAUUGGGUGAGGAGACUCCUUGAUAAGGAGGUGCGGCUGGAGAUAGUGAAGACCCAUCAGCAGGCAGCAGAUAUUUUCACCAAGCGUCUGGCGGAGGCGGAUCAUUGGAAGGGCAUGAAGCUUGCUGGGAUGAAUUCUUGAACUUUGAUUGAACCUUUUGAGAUUGAGUUAAGUUCUCCUCCUACAGCUUACCCCCUAAUGCGUCGAAAGCCAUAGCGUCGCGAAUACUUCAUCAAUCAACGUGAUUCAAAUUGGGAACGGUAGCUGAGAUUAAGAGCUACAACAUAUCCAAGUUUCGCGACAUUCCAACGGCUAGUUUUUCGUCGACGUUGUUUCUUGUGAAGACGACUUUUCUGUCCAGAAUUUCGGAUUUAUAUUUUGAGUAAUUCUAGUUCCUAAGUUCACCUAGACUCCGU